AGUUUCUUUGUCUGUCAAACGUCAAAACAAGACCUGACCGUGGAAGGCCGUUGGAUCGUCUGUAAAAAUUUGUGUUAAACCCCGUUAAUUAUCGUAGAUUCCACGUUUCCAAUUACUUAAAUAAAUUUUAGGUACUUGUGCCUCAUUAGUUUUAACACUAUCACGUUAUUUCGAUAAAUUUUUAGUAUGUCUGGUAUAGCACCCGCUCGUUUAGCCGAGGAAAGGAAAGCUUGGCGUAAAGAACAUCCCUUCGGAUUUGUUGCACGUCCAUCCAAAAAUCCAGAUGGCUCCUUGAACUUAAUGAACUGGGAAUGUUCGAUCCCUGGAAAAAAAGGAACACCGUGGGAAGGUGGAAACUACAAACUUCGUAUGUUGUUCAAGGACGAGUACCCCAGCAUUCCACCGAAGUGUAAAUUCGAACCGCCGCUAUUCCACCCAAACGUGUAUCCAUCAGGCACCGUGUGUUUGUCUUUGCUAGACGAAGAAAAAGACUGGAGACCCGCCAUCACCAUUAAACAAAUUCUGCUCGGAAUACAAGACCUGUUAAACGAACCUAAUGUUAAGGAUCCUGCACAAGCUGAGGCCUACACAAUUUACUGUCAAAAUCGUUUGGAAUAUGAAAAGAGAGUACGAGCCCAAGCUAGAGCCAUGAGUCAACAGGAGUGGUAGGGUCAAUGAUUUUUUAUUUCAUCGGUAUUGUUUCAUCUUGCUUCCCAAUAAUUCUAUUAAACUUAUUUAUAUAUCAUUUUCCUCUUGUUUUCUAUCAAGUAGAGCUAAUAGUUUGGUGUGAUGUAUUUUUAAAUUUUAAAUAAACAUGUUAAUUAUAUAAUCAUUUUGUAAUUGUAACGAAAAAAUAUUGGGAAGUUUUUAUGCAUUAUAGUUAAGCCUAGAAUUAAUGAUAAACUUUGACGUCAGAAUUUUUUUUAUUUCAAAUUGUCAUCUACAUCUGUACAGUUGUUUGCAUGAAAAGCAUUUUUUAUCUAAA